AUGGUACCUGGAUCCUCCUGCCCCCUCAAUGACCAGCUCGUGAACAUUUUUAUUGUUAAUGGGCCAAGGGGCGGCGACAGACAGCGAGAGCUUCACGUCCUCGUCCUCGUCCUCCUCCUCCUUGCUGCGCAGCUCCCACCGCGCUCCCUCACACGCCACAAAAUGGCGGCCACGGUGUUCGCACUCCUCUCUCCCCUCAGCACCGGCGGGCGGACCCGCCACAUCGGCACGGCCGGGGGCCCCUUUGGAGAAGGGAGAGGCUAUAGCCACGCUACCCUCGGAGCGGGCGAGGAGGAAGAGAAAAACUCCCGCGCGCUGCCCGCAGCCGCCCCUCAGAGCCCUCAGCGCGGCAUGGCGGCGGCGGCGGCUGGCGGCGGCUGUGGCUCCCAGCCCGGGCUGGCUUCGGCGCCGGGCAGCGCCGGCGACACCUCCCUCCUGGGCGGCGCCACAGUGUGGCCCUUGAAGCGCUACGGUCGCUUCCUCCCCCCGAAGGACGGUGACGAUGAGGGGCAAAACACCUCUUGGAAGGUGUUUGAAUCAAAUGAAGAAUCAGGCCCUCUUGUCCUUACCAUUGUGGAGUCUGGCCAUUUCUUUAUUUCCCAAGAGCGAACAGUGCUGGAAGGCUUUUCCCUGAUCGAUUCCCACAAGUGGCUGAAGAUUGUGAGGAGAGCAGAGUGCCUGCUGCUCCGGGCACAGGCCAAGAACGAGUGCCGCAUGUUCCGUGUGCAGUUCGGAGGGAGCUCCAAGGAGGAGGUGCAGGAGCACUGCCGCAGCUGUGUCCAGAAACUCAGCGAGUACAUCCCGGUGCAGGGGGCUGAGGAACAGAGCCAGCAGCUCUGCCACGGCACCAGCCAGGACACCCAGGGCAUGGACACUGAGCAUGCACCAGAUGAGCCUCUCCCAGACUCCUGCACAAGCCUUGGAGAAAGAAGAUCUGUAGCACAGCUCGCACAGUCGGUGCUGCGGCAGCGGCCGGAGCUGCCCCCGGCACUGCCGCACCCAGCCUGGAGCGCCCGGGAGCUGGGGCCCUUCAUCCGCCUCUGCCUCAUGGACCAGCACUUCCCAGCCUUCGUGGAGGACGUGGAGAAGGAACUGCACAGGCUCGCCGAGCAGUGAGGCACGCCCGGCACUCCGUGGGGAGCGCACCGCUCCGGCCAUUAAAGGUUGAAAAACAAGGCCUACAGCGGUUUUUG